CAACAUUCUGUCCUUGAUAGAGCGCAGUAAUUGAUGUUGUUUGGUACAUAGUCAUGUUUCUUCUGGUUACAAUUUUUGUUAACUUGGCUUUGUCAGCUACCAACGCCAUUUUUCCAGACAUUACAUUACACGAGUGUGCUUUAACAAAGGGAUGCUUGAGACCUGCUAUGUGUACCGAGUCAUCUUGUGCAUUUCUUGUCACCUGGAAGUUGGUGUCCGUGAAGUCUGAAAAUUACGUGGAAUUUGAGCUUAGAGGGAAUGUUCAAAAAGUUACAGGCUUUAUAGCACUGGCUUUCUCAAAAGAUCAAAGAGUGGGUGACGAUGGUGUCGUUGGCUGUUAUUAUCAAUCAUCAACAAAUACUGUGAAUAUUCGAGCUGGAUAUAAUGAUAUAGCUGGUAAAACUACGAAUUUUUAUAAUGGACCAGAUGAAGAAUUAUUAAUAACAGAUGGUGAAAAUUUAGGUGGUACAUUUAAUGCAAUGGAUGGUACAUUACAAUGUCGUUUCAGACGACGUGUUCGACCGCUGGAUACGGUUCAUCAAUUAAUGGAUUUAACAUCACCGAAUGCAUAUCAUUUGAUUGUUACUCGUGGUGUUGAACGUAAAAAAGACGGAUUCGGUCGUCCUUUUGCUGGUGGAGAAUCGGUGUCUCAACGUCCGGUUGUCAUUACUUCACCUAUUUAUGGAAGUAUGACAGGUAUAAUUGGUCGUGGUUCCGCAAUUGCUAAAACUCAUGGAUGUCUUAUGGUAUUAGCUUGGGUAUUAUGCGCUAGUAUUGGUAUUAUACUAGCUCGUUAUUACAAAGAUGUAUGGCCUAAUUCUGGCCUAUUAGGUGAACGUGUCUGGUUUCAAUCUCAUAGAAUAUUACAAGGCAUAUGUGUCGGUUUAACGUGCAUUAGUAUAAUUUUGAUUUUUAUCUAUUGUGAAGGCUAUUCACAAGCAACAGCCUAUCCAUAUUAUAUACAUCCAAUACUUGGUUUAAUUGUCUUCUCUUUGGCUUUGAUUAAUCCAAUUAUCGCAUUAUGCCGUUGUAAUCCAGCCCAUGAAUAUAGACCUUGGUUUAAUUGGAUACAUUUUUUCAUUGGGACAUUUGCUUAUGUACUAUCUGUACCAACAAUGAUGUUAGGUUUACGUAUGCCUGCUGCUGGCCUUCAACUACAAUUUAUUAAUUAUCCAUUAUGGAUUUUAAUAUUUUUUGUAAUCUUCCAAUUUAUUAUUGAAAUUACUCUGGAGAUACAUGGAUGUUUCUAUUAUCGUCGAAAUAAAAGUAAGACAUAUGUUUCAGAUUAUUAUUGCUCAUUAUUUCCUGUUUGUUUCAUUAGGUCUCACUUUUUGUUAGACGAUCCAGUAACAUAUUAGUGACUUUUUAGAGUAUAUACCUGACGCUAGUUGCUCAAAGUUAAAUCACCUUGUUUUACAUUCAAGGACAUCAUUAAUGUGUUCAUGACUGUGAAAUUUAUAUUGCUGGCCGACUUUAACAACCUAAUAUAUAAAUGAAUAUAGUGUACUCAGUAUAGAGCCAUUUAGACUGGUAAUCACUGUGCAGCUUCCUAGAUAGAAUUCGAUCAAUUUUAAUGAAUAAGGAUAAACACAAAAAUGGUUGAUUACUCAGUGACAAAUCUGUUUACUAAAAAUAAAUAGUGGACAUAAUGAUUAGCUUAUAUUUCAAACAUUGAGUAAAAAAUGUGGACGAUCGGAAAAUACAAUGACGGAUCUAACGUACUUUAACGAACCGGACAACUUAUACACAAUUACACUUCAACGAUGAUGACUUCAUGCGAAUUAAGAGAGGGGAAGUAUGUGUUAUAUCCGAGCGAAGAUUAAAUCACGAGUAACUUCUGAAACAUAUUAAUUGACUAAUAUUAUCUGUACAUUCUUAGGGUAUAACUAUUCAACAAUUAGAUUAUGUAUAUUUAUAUUCCUCUUAUUAUAAGCUUCAUUUCGACCUAUAAAUUAUUAUUAUACGAUUUACUGUCCCUAAAUUAGGCUCAAUUUAUUAACUACUGCCUCCCACGUUCACGGCCACUUUUUGGCUUUAUUGUGUACAAAUGUUAUUUCUUAGUUUAUGGUGCGUUGUGGUCUGUUUGUUUGAUAUAUAAACCCAGUAUGUCUGAAAUAAAUGAUUCGAUUCGCAUAGUGAAAGCUGGUAUCGGUGUUCUGGACUCAAGUGGACAGGCUAGGUGAGCAAAGGACCAAUAAGGACGCUAGGCUACCCAUACCAGUCGGACGUCAUUGGUUUGGCACAGUGCUAAGAUUGUAUAGGUCGUUUUUUGAUUGAUGUAUAAAUCACAUGAUAAAAAGCCGGACAUAAAAUCACAACAGUAUGGGAUUUUCAAGAGAUCUUCCAUGUGACUGUAUGUAUCAUGCUAUGUGGUUGCAGAUAGUGGAUAAGAAGAGAUGGACCUAGGUUUCGUGGUGGUUGAUACUCAUUAAUGAAGCAUACCUACAAUCUUGAGGGAUCUAAUGCUUCUCGUUGCAAUCAAACGCUCAACACCAAGCUUCACAUUAUGUAUGAUAUUUUACGGAACAAAGUAACAGUAGAAAUAAAUGUGCAUUACAUGACAACGGUUAUAUUAUUUCUGAUGUAUAAGAAAGAUCACAAGGAUAUUUGUUGUUGUCGUAAAUGACGUAGGUCACAACAAUAAUUUGCAUCAACCAUCCUACACUACUACUAAAUCCAUACACAAUUUUAACACCACAAUAUCUCUUCAAUUUCAUUCCUUGCCAUUCACCAUCAAUAUUAUAUUGACAUUUUUCGAGAUACUAAACCCUCAUAUAAAGGCAUAAUAAAUGUUCUAUUUGAUUUUUUAGGAUUUUGUUUUAGUUAAAAUGAAAUUCCGUGUCACAGUUUGAAAUCUAAUUUUUAAAAUGUUUCAAUUUAAUAAAAUUUCUUUUCUACAAAUUCGUAGAUUUAUCUAUUUACGUGUUCUAUCAUACAACCAUUCUCAUUUAAUAGGAUAGAAUUUAUAAUACAAUAAGUACUAACAAUAAUAAUAACGAAGCCUAAUCUCGUUUAACAACUACAAAUUUCAGUACUCUAGGAAGAAACAUUUGGUUUAGAUCAAAAGUACUGUUCAAUGAAUAAUAAUAAUGGAUGUAAAUUUGUAAACGAUCCUUAAAGAUUCCAUGAUUUUAAUCAUUAAUUAUCAACUUGCUCAUUACUAAAAAGCAUGUGAAGAAUUUCUGUUAUUGUUGAUGGAUUGUCCUAACCAAGUAGUCUUAUUUAUGAAACUGAUUUAUCUUGUUGCCUAAUUAAUAUUAUUUUCGUUAAUAUUAAGAUGUGAUAGUUUUUUUCUCACAAAUUCGUAUUGCGUGUAGAAAAGAGGUGGAAACUUUACGACUAAGACUAUCCAGCUCAGAAUUUGUAAUACUAUUGAAAUUCGCCUUCUGCUCCAUAAAGUUCUAUCCGUAUCAAAAUCUUAGGAAAAAUAUAUUUGAUCAUUAUCGCAUAGUUUAUAUGGACUCCAAAACAAGUUACACAAACUUAUCUUUUUAAGUAAAAAGCACGGUCAUCAUUUUGAUGAACAAUCCUGUAUAAUCCCAUACAACUUACGGUAGUCAUGUUUGAACAAUGCCACGGAAAGCUCAACAUCACACAUAUUCUUUCCCCACUCCAUUAUCCUCAAUCAAAUGAAUAGGUGGAUAUAUUCGUAAAGUACUUCAAGGAGAAGGAAUGGCUGAAAAUAUCACGAUAACCAAGGUGAAUCCAGUGACAUUGAAGAGUCCAACUAGUAGAAUAUCUCGUGAAUAGGAAACUACUAACAGAUUUCGACGUUUUGCUUCCACCAAAAUACCAACUUUUAAUCGUUCAACUCACUGAAUUCACACCUGCAGUCAUGGUAUAUACCACACUACAACAGUGGAUGUUAUGCAUUAGUUACUCAGAUAAGCGUCGAACAUAUGUACUAGAGAUUGAUCAGUAUCAAGCUGCAAAACGUUUAAACAACGCACGUCAACCAAGACCUCCAGAACCGGAACCUUCUGGUCGUAUGUUCAAAUAUUUCAUAAUUGGACUCCAUGCUACAGUGUGCGCAAUUGUUGCCGUUAUCCUCGUUAUAAUCAUAGCAGUUAAUUAGUAGUUAUUUUCCGUUUAGCUUUUACACUACUUAACUGUUUUAUCAGUAGUCUAAGUAACUAUUGUAAAUGUGCCUUAUAUACAAAUGUCUUAUCCACAACUGGCUAUAUUUCUUUACACUAUCAUUAUCGUUUACGUGUACUCCGUCUCUUUUUUUCGUUGAAUCUUAAUCAAUUUUUUCGCGCGUGUAUCCAUGAAUUCUCAUUUUAUCGCUGGAUAUAUAAUUAAUGAGUACAAUUUCAGCUUCCUUUAUUCUGUAAUGUGUAAAACGUCAUCCAGUUCGUAAAAACACUUCACAAAUUUUGAAAAAAAACGCGAAAAUAAUUUUAUUCAUAAAUAAUAACCUUAAAUGACGCAAUUUAGUUUAUUUUAUUGGAGUUCCUCCCGAAAACCCUUCUAUUCAUCUAACUAUUGCUUAUAACUUGUUUUAACUUCAAUUGGUUUUUUGUGCCUUCUUGUUUCAUGAAUUAAUGGGACAAAGAAGUGGUAAAUGCGACUUACCUUUAAAGAUUCUUCCGUGAAACAAAAUAUUUCUUGUCGACGAGUACACACAAACACGUUAGUGGUGACAUAUCACGUAUAUAUAUAUAUAUAUAUAUAUAUAUAUAUAUAUAUAUAUAUAUAUAUAACAUUUAUGCACCACACUAAUAUUUAUAAUGCUGCACCAUUAUUAUUAUUAUUAUUAUUAUUAUUACUAUUAUUAUUAUUAUUAUUAUUAUUUACUAUUGUUCUUAACAUUAAUAACGUUUUUAUCUCUCCAAUUUAAUCAGUAUUUACACAAAUAUUUAUCAGUGCCGUCAUGUAUUAUUAUUGAUAACAAAUUCGGUUAUAUACAUUGUCGAGAUCCAUAGCUUCUGUUUUUUAUAUUAAAAACUGUUCAAUUACAAAAAACAACUUUCUUGAUGCUUUCUCUUUCUUUCAUUACAUUACUUUGUGUCGUUGUUUAUACCUCUUCAGUUCAUUAUAUCAAUUUCAUUUUCCAGUUAUUUAACCCUUACCAAAACAAUUGUUUAUUCUUGAUAUGCAUAUGCUCUCUUCUCUCCCCUUAUAUGCUACACCUUAUUAUUAUUCUUCGAACACAAUCGUGUUGUUGUCUUGACAUUUAGGUUUAUAUACCGAAUUUUUUAACUUAUUUAUCAUUUUUUUCUCUACCUUUAUUUUUUACACUUUGUGCGCCGGCUAAUUUUGUCUUGUUUUUGCUUUUGGUUCAAAUCCUUUUUAAUUUAAACUGAAUAAAAUGAGCAAAGAUGUUUAUAUAUAAUACAUAUAUAUAUACAGUCAA